GGCGGUGCCGGGGCCGUGGUGAUGGCGACCGGCUUCAGUGGGACGAUCAUGGCCGCCCGGACCGGUCAGGAAGCCUUGAGAAGGGUGGUCUCGGGAUGCCGUCCAAAGUCGGUGACAAUGGCCGGAGCCCAGGCUCCGGCGCAAGGGCCUGCGCGGAACGUCAGAUAUUUAGCUUCCUGUGGUAUACUGAUGAGCAGAACUCUUCCACUACAUACCUCAGUUUUGCCUAAGGAGAUAUAUGCAAGAACUUUCUUCAGAAUUGCUGCACCAUUAAUAAACAAAAGAAAAGAAUAUUCAGAGAGAAGAAUUAUAGGAUAUUCAAUGCAGGAAAUGUACGACGUAGUGUCGGGAGUAGAGGAUUACAAGCAUUUUGUUCCUUGGUGCAAAAAGUCAGAUAUACUAUCAAAGAGAUCCGGAUAUUGUAAAGCACGACUGGAAAUUGGGUUUCCACCUGUGCUGGAGCGAUAUACAUCAGUGGUAACCUUGGUGAAACCACAUUUGGUAAAGGCAUCCUGCACUGAUGGGAAACUUUUCAAUCAUUUGGAGAGUAUUUGGCGUUUUAGCCCAGGUCUCCCUGGCUACCCAAGAACUUGUACCUUGGAUUUUUUAAUUUCUUUUGAAUUUCGCUCACUUCUACAUUCUCAGCUUGCCACGUUGUUUUUCGAUGAAGUUGUGAAGCAGAUGGUAGCUGCCUUUGAAAGAAGAGCAUGUAAGCUGUAUGGUCCAGAAACAAAUAUACCUCGAGAAUUAAUGCUUCAUGAAGUCCAUCACACAUAAAGGGAAAAAAGAACUGGUGUCAUCUACUUGUAACUUUAGUUUGUUGACUUUUAGGAAGUGCUUUCAUGGUUUGUUUUCAGAAGUCAGAGAGCAUUUGUUAAACCCAGUUUUGAUUAUAAACCUGCACCCACCACUGAAAAUUUGCACACAGAAUAUGUACCCGCUUGUACAUAGAAUUAUUUCUUCAAUCAAGUGUCAUUCAAGGUAAUGGGUACAUUAUAGCAUGUUCUAUAUUUCCUACAAUGGGAUGUCAUCACUAUUGCUAGAAUACUGACAUCAGUCUUCUGAGCAGAAUUGAAACUGUAAAUUUAAACCUUUUAAUUAGCACCUUACCUGAAAGAGGUUAGUUGAGAUAUUCAUGCACUAUGUAUUAUAUUAACCAUAUCACGUUUUAAGUUAUUAAAUUCAGACUAUUUGUAACUUAUUGUUAUAGGGCCACCAUAUGGCUUAGGAUAUUUGAGUAAUCAUAUAUUUAAAAUAAAAACUUUGACUUAUGUAUUCUGUAAAUGAAGCUUCCCUGGACACUUGUAAUAUUUUAAAUUGUUCUUAUGGGUAGUAGUAGAUAAUUCAUUCAAUGGUAUAGUGAGGUUAUGUUCGAGAUAAACAGUGCAUUUUUUUUAAUUUUUAUUUUUUUGGUGAGUGGUCCAGAGCUUUAAGAUACCUUUCCAGUAGGUUGCAGUCUUCUCCCAGGUACAUUGGCUGUUCUUUCAGUAAUGCUAAUUGCAUGUCAAAUUUUGUCUAUAAUAGUAGGCAGCGAUGAAGAUAAGUUAGUUGGUAUGUCUCCAGCACUAUACAUCCCUAUUUUCUAUUUAUUGUGUGUACUCACUUUCAAUAACGUAUUUCAAACUGAUAUUUUUUAAACAAUCAAUGUAAGGACUGAAGUGGUAACUUAAUAAAGUUAAUUUGUAUAUUUUUU